ACUUGAACUUGAAUUUUAUCCCAUUGUACAGAGGCAGCCCCAGCCAUAGAGAGACAGAGCGCUCCCAGAGAACCAGGACUCCGCCAUCUUCACAUUGCAAUAUAUAAUAGUAAUAGCCAGCACCAGCCCAGCUGCACUGGGGGCUUCCUUCCUUCCAGUCCCAGUGCCAGGCGAGGGGGGAAGAGUGCAAAGUGGUGCAGGAGCACUGGCAAUCCAAAAGCACCAGGGCAAAGCAGUGCCACUUGAGCUGGGAAAGAGGAGACACAGUUUUGGCUACCCCUUUUCAAAAAAAUUCUCUCUAUAUAUCUACCCAGCAAGGGUCAAUCUCUGAAAAACAUUUUUUUUUUGCAAUUUUUUUUUGUUUGUGGGCAAUCCCAAUUCAAGUACUUUUUUUUUUUUUUUUUUAUAUUCCUGCUUUUUUUCUUUUUCUUUUUCUUUUUUUUUUUUCUUUUUUUCUUUUUUUUUCUUUUUUUUUUUUUUUUUUUUUUUUUUUAACCCUCCUGGUGGAAAAGCGCACUUGCCAAUUUGCCAAGCACUCUGGAAAGAGGGAAAGAGAAAAGUGUCACUGGCGGUGCAUAUCCUCCUAAGUUCAAGAAGAGAUUUGGAAGUCCAAGUGGCAGAAGCAGUGGAGAAAAGACAGAGUGUGUGAAAGAGAGAGGAAAAAAGAGCGAGAAAGCUUUUCCUGAUGAUGAUGAUUUUUAAUUGAGAGGAGAUCCCAUCCAGUGCACCACAGCAGCGACAAAAAGGAGGUGUUAUUUUUUUUUCUUUUUUUUUUUUUCUUUUUUGAAAGAAGAAGAACUCGGUAAAGAAGAAGAAGAAGAAAGAGGAAAAAAAAAAAAGAGGAGGAGGAUCGGCCCCCAACACAUCCCCCCAGACCAGUGCAGCUCUCCAGGCGAUGCCAGUGUAAAUGCCAGGGCAAUGUCCCGUCGCAAGCAGGGAAACCCGCAGCACUUGUCACAAAGAGAGAUUAUCACACAGGCUGACCAUGUGGAACCGGCACUCGCCGACGAGGAUGAGAGCCUGGCAAUAGCAGAGCCGGGUGGCAUCAGCAUCGCCGCAGGCGGGACAGACCCCGACUUGUUAACCUGUGGACAGUGUCAGAUGAACUUCCCGCUGGGAGACAUCUUGGUUUUUAUAGAGCACAAGAGAAAACAGUGCAAUGGCACUGGUGGUGCCUGCUAUGAAAAGAGCAUGGAUAAGAGCAGCCCUCCCCCCUCCUCACGCGCCGAGCUCAGGAAAGUGUCAGAGCCAGUGGAAAUCGGGAUCCAAGUCACACCCGAUGAAGAAGACCGUCUUCUCACGCCUACAAAAGGAAUUUGCCCCAAGCAGGAGAACAUUGCAGGGCCGUCCAGGCCUGCAAACCUGCCGGGGGCUCCCAUAGCUGCCUCCUCCCACCCUCACACAUCCGUCAUCACGUCACCUCUCCGCGCACUGGCCUCUCUCCCGCCCUGCCUUAGCCUGCCCUGCUGUGGUGCACGUGCAGUCUCAGUUGGCGGGACUCAGACUGAGAUUCAGACUGAGACGUCAGGCACAUUUGGAUGUCAUUGUCAGUUGUCAGGUAAAGAUGAGCCUUCAAGCUAUAUUUGCACAACAUGCAAGCAGCCUUUUAAUAGCGCUUGGUUCUUGCUUCAGCAUGCCCAGAACACACAUGGAUUCCGCAUCUACCUGGAAACAAGCCCUUCAAACAGUUCCCUUACUCCACGCAUCACCAUCCCUCCUCCUCUGGGACCAGAGACUGUUGCACAGUCCCCGCUGAUGAAUUUCCUUGGAGACAACAACCCUUUCAAUCUUCUACGGAUGACAGGACCAAUCUUGCGUGAACACCCAGGCUUUGGUGAGGGUCGGCUCCCAAACACGCCUCCAUUGUUCAGCCCACCACCUCGUCAUCAUCUGGAUCCACAUCGCCUUAGUGCCGAAGAAAUGGGGUUAGUUGCCCAGCAUCCCAGUGCCUUUGACAGAGUUAUGCGUUUAAACCCCAUGGCAAUUGAGUCCCCAGCGAUGGAUUUCUCCAGAAGGCUUCGAGAGCUGGCAGGAAACAGUUCCACCCCUCCGCCAGUCUCGCCCAGUCGCACCAACCCUAUGCAUCGCCUGUUGAAUCCUUUCCAGCCGAGUCCUAAAUCACCUUUUUUGAGCACCCCGCCACUGCCCCCCAUGCCCCCCAGCAGCACUACGCCUCCCCAGCCUCAGGCCAAGAGCAAGUCCUGUGAAUUCUGUGGGAAAACAUUCAAGUUCCAGAGUAACCUUAUUGUCCAUCGGCGCAGUCACACAGGAGAAAAGCCCUACAAAUGUCAGCUCUGUGACCACGCUUGCUCCCAGGCCAGCAAGCUAAAGCGUCAUAUGAAAACGCAUAUGCAUAAAGCUGGCUCCAUGACAGGCAGGUCAGACGAUGGACUGUCCACCACGAGUUCCCCUGAGCCAGGCACAAGUGAACUCACUGGAGAGGGACUGAAACCCGGUGAGACAGAUUUCAGGAACGAGAGCGAUCCUUCCCUGGGCCAUGACAAUGAAGAAGAGGAAGAGGAGGAGGAGGAGGAAGAGGAGCUGGAAAAUGAGAGCAGGCCAGAGUCAAGCUUCAGUAUGGACUCAGAGCUGAGUCGUAACCGAGAAAAUGGCUCCAAAUCGCUGCCGGACGAGAAGUCCCUCGUCCUAGGAAAAGUUAUAGAGAAUGUAAGUCUCGGUGCCAUCCAGCAAUACAACGACAUGCUAGCUGAGAAACAGAAGAGGAGUAGCUUCAUGAAAAGGUCUUCUGACCAGCGAGACUUGUGUCCUCGAGACCUCUGUCCGAGAGAUACAGGUGAUGAAGACUCGGUGGUAGGAGAGCUGGACCGCACCGAGGAAGGGACGGUCAAUGGAAGAAACUUUGGCCCAGGUGAGCCCUUCCCAAACUUGUUCCCUCGCAAGCCGACACCUAUCACGAGCCCCAGUUUAAACAACUCAUCUAAAAGAAUAAAGGUUGAGAAAGAUUUGGACUUGCCACCAGCAACAAUAAUACCUUCCGAAAACGUUUACUCCCAGUGGCUGGUAGGGUACGCAGCAUCUAGGCACUUCAUGAAGGAUCCGUUUCUAGGAUUCACAGACUCCCGACAAUCCCCCUUUGCCACCUCUUCCGAGCACUCAUCGGAGAACGGGAGCCUGCGUUUCUCCACCCCACCGGGGGACAUGCUGGACGGGGGGCUCUCAGGGCGCAGCGGCACGGCCAGCGGAGGCAGCACCCCCCACAUCAGCGGUCCGGGCCCCGGGCGACCCAGCUCGAAGGAAGGGCGCAGGAGCGAUACAUGUGAGUACUGUGGCAAGGUCUUUAAGAACUGCAGCAAUUUGACGGUGCACCGUCGGAGCCACACUGGAGAGCGGCCUUACAAAUGCGAGCUCUGCAACUAUGCAUGUGCCCAGAGCAGUAAGCUGACGCGUCACAUGAAAACGCAUGGCCAGAUAGGGAAGGAGGUCUACCGCUGCGACAUUUGCCAGAUGCCCUUCAGUGUUUACAGCACCCUGGAGAAACACAUGAAAAAGUGGCAUGGAGAACAUUUGCUGACAAAUGACGUCAAAAUUGAGCAGGCAGAAAGAAGCUAAGCCCCCCCACACCCCCCCCUGCCCCGUCCCUUCCCCUCCCUCCCCCCCGCUAGGUUAAAUUUCAGGGGUCUAGGUAACAUUUUAUUUGUACAGUUUAACUAUUGCCAACUGAGAAAAGAUGACCUAACUUGCCUCCGUAAACAUAACUUAGCAUAACUAUGGUAGGUGCCAGACUUUGGCACUUAAAUAUAACCUGUGUCUACAAAGUUCUAUUAAACCCGAGGGUUGAUUAAGGCAGUAAAAAUUGUGGAGCCUUUUAACUGUGCAAUAAUUUCUGUAUUUAUUGGGUUUUUGUAAUUUUUUGGCAUGUGCAGGUACUUUUUUUUAUUCUUUCUGUUUAAAUUUCUUUUAAAAUUUUGUUGGGUAUCCCUUUUUAAUUUUACCCAGUCGUAGCCUGAGAUUACUUGCAUUGUAGGGGUGAAACAUAUCUUUUUAAAUUAUAAUUUUUGGGCCGCUGCUUUGUUGAAAUUUAAGCUAAGCAUGUGUAAUUUCUUGUGAAGAAGCCAGCAUUUUAACAGAGAUCUUUCUUUCUUUCCAAAUCCUCCCCCCACCUCCUUUUUUUUCCUUUCCUCUUUUAAAUAACCUUGAAGAUUAGUGAAAACAAAAUUGUACAGCGGAUAACAAUCUUUAAAAUUAGCACUUUCUUUUGGAAUUGGGUGGAUUAUGUAGCACUGACAAUGUCACUAACGAUAGAGGCCUUUUAUAGAUGGAUUUCAUCAUUAAAGUCACGCCAGCUAAAAAGACAUAGGUGCAGACGGCAGCUACAUUCAGAAAAGAGUACCAUUCUUAAUUGUGCAUUAUUACAAGAUAGUUUCUUCUUGUUGUUAAAGCUAUGGCAACAGAAUGGUGCCAUUUUGUCACUUUUGUUUUUUUUUUUUCCCUCCUUUUUCCCCUCCUGCCACUUUUCCCAGAGACAGUAAAAGUACAUCUCAAGUAUUGUAAUAUUCUUUUCAAACCUCAGAGGAGCCAAAUGCCAUCUUUUUUCAUUUUAAACUGCACAAACAUAUUUCUGAGUCCAGGACGUCUGUAUGUGCCUCUCCUUUAGACCAGAUUUGCUGUAGUUGAAAUAAUUACUAGAGGAUGGGCAAGUGGCAAUUUCUCAGUGAACAGUCUCAACUCAUAGUCAUUUGUUAUGUGAAUGGAAAUAUCAGAACUAUCUUCUAUGAUGUACAAUGGCAUUAUUAUAAGGAAAGGAAAAAAUAAAUUAUAGUUGAUCUACCUAUCUUGGCAAGAUUCUGCUCCUACUGAAGUCGUUAAGAAUUUUCCCAUUGACUUAAUUAGGAACAGAAGUUAGUUGUAUUAUAAGAAAAGCAUUAUGACAGAAAAAAAAAUAAAGAAAAGAAAAAUGCACCUGCUUUACUUUCAAAUUUUAAAUUUUUCAAAGCCCAUUAUGACUAAUAUUAACAAACAGUGGACAAUUAUGGUUAGAGAUUUUAAUUAUGUUGACCCGCACUUUAAAGCUUUUGUUUGUGGUUAAGAGAAAAAUGGCUUCUCAACAAGAAAUUACAUCAUAUUCUUCUACUUGGCCCAAAGGUGGGUUAAACUGUAAGGGAACAGCUGAGAUUAAGUGUCAGUGUUGCUAAGCAUGGCAUUCACAAUACUGGCACUAUAAAGAAAAAUAAAUAAAAAUAAUUUAUUGGACAGUUUUUCUACUGCCAUUCAAUUUGACGUGAGUGCCUUGAAAACUGAUCUUCCUAUUUGAGUCUCUUGAGACAAAUGCAAAAUGUUUUUGUGAAAUGAAAAGACUUUUAAAAAAAAGUAAAACAAGAAAAGUACAUUCUUUAGAAAAAAAGAGCCACAUUUACUUAAAAAAAAAUUACUGGUUGAAGAUAGUGGACAUGAAAAUGCCAUAAGACCCAAUCAAAUGAAGAUGUAUACCCAGCACAACUUCGGACAUCCAUUAGCUGAAUUAUUCUCAGCCUUUUUUUUUUUUUCAGGACAACGCUGCUUAGGAAAUGGAAUGGAAAUGAUUUACUGCUGAAUUAAAACUCAAAUGACACAAAUUACAAGUUGUUAUCAUUGAAUGAGAAAAAACAAUUCAGGAACAACGGCUAAUUUUUUUUAAAAGUUAAAUUUAGUGCACUCUGUCUUAAAAUACGUUUACAGUAUUGAAUACAUACAAGGGUAAAAAAGAAAUUGUGUGUAUGUGUGUUUGAGCAAUCUUUUUUUUUUUUUUCAAAGUUUGCUUAAUAGGUUAUUAAAAAAUGCCAUAAUGGCCAUGUGUAUAUUGUUUUCUUUUGGUGACGGGGUUUUAGUAUAUAUUAUAUAUAUUAAAAUUUCUUGAUUACUGUAAAAGUGGACCAGUAUUUGUAAUAAUGGAGAAUGCCUGGGCAUUUUACAAAACCAGAAAGAAAAAAAAAAAAAAAAACCUUUUCUUUUUUCCUUGAAAAUGUUGCAGUAAAAUUUAAAUGGUGGGUCUAUAAAUUUGUUCUUGUCACUGUAACUGUAAAGUCUUGAGUUUUAGUAAAUUUUUUUCUGCCUUGGGUGUUGAAUUUUUAUUUCAAAAAUGUAUAGAAUCUUGUAUUUGGGGAUUAAAAGGUGAUUGCUACACCAUGUAGAAAAAGUAUGUAGAAAAAAGUGCUUAAUAUUGUUAUUGCUUUGCAGAAAAAAAAAUCACGUUUCUGACCUGUACCUAUUUUUCUCUUUUUUUCUCCCCCAUUCCUCCUUCCCUUCCCCUUCUGGAAUGGAUAUUGAUAUUGGUUGAUUCAUAUGAUGUAGGCACUUGCUGUAUUUUUACUGAAGCUUGUAAUUUUUUAACUGUACGCUUGUCCUUUUAAAGGGAUUUAAUGUACCUUUUUGUUAGUGAAUUUGGAAAUAAAAAUAAAAACAAACAAACAGGCUGCCAUAAUAUAUUUUUUUAAUUUGGCAGGAUAAAAUAUUGCAAAAAUAAAAAAAAAUUUGUAUGUGAAGUCCUUAUUGUACAGGAAAAAAGGGGGUUGUUAGACGACCUUUGAGUAAAAGAAACAAAACAAAAUAAUUAAGUGCUUUUUUAUUUUUUUUUUGUUAUUGUUGUUCAGAAAUAAUUUUAGUUGUAUAUAUAAUUUUUAUUUUUUUUUUGUCAGAAAUGGCCUACAAAAAAGUGCUGUUCCCACAGGGCUCUAAAUAACUUCAAAGUUGCCUGGACCCCUUGCAUCAAGGUUUUACCAGGUAUGGUUGAACCAGGCUGGAUGGUUAUUGCCUAUUCGUGAGAAAUGAAAUCCAGUUUCCAUAAAGGUGUCUGAGGUGACAUCCCACAGCUUCCCUGCAGGUUCAAGAGAGAGAGAGGAGAUCCCUCCCUCCCCCAAAAAGAAGAUGUCCAACACAUCUUCCCUCUCCCGGCUACCCCACUCACUGCUCCCUGCCACUGCCCUCUGGAAGAAAGGCAUUUUAUAGCAAAAAAUGAGAACUGGCGCAUCCACUUUGACACAGGUAAAAUGAUCCGCUGUCGGUACAGUUGUGACCGGGUUGAAGUAAAAUUGGUCCAGGCACAGUCCUCCUCUUCCCUGUCAGAACAGGACCUACUCCAUGUACAGGUCUUGCCAGUCCAUGUUAUUAGCUGCUUUGCUGCUGUUCACUCCGAGUUGUACAUUCCAUAAAUUUCUGAAUGUUUGAGGGACUGGGAUGAAAUUCUGUGCCUUUUGAUGUCUCUCUUCUUUGCUGUUCUUUCUCUCUCUCUCUCAUGCUCUCUCCCUUUUGGGUCGAGGGGAAGACAGGUGGCAGAAGAGGCACUGAUGCUCUAGUGAAGGGGAGAAGGAGAAAGUGCUCACCGCCCUUGCAGGAAAUGACAGUAAAACUAAAACAAACAAAAAGAAUUUCCAUGCCAAAUUCUUCUGCAGCUUUCAUCAGUGCAGAACGGCUGGAGCAAUUGGAGAGGCAUGGGUGUGACAGCAGGGAGAAUUUGGUCCAGCUACCUAACAGAUAUGUCUUCCUGGCUCGAGCAACCUACCCUUAAGACUUCUGGACAAAUUUUGGAUCUCAAUUAAACUGAUAACCAUCAGGAAUUAUUCAUCACUCUUAGUGCUGGAUUACUCCAGCUCAGCUGAGGCAGGAAUGUGAUCCCUUAAAGGCAUAUUUUCACUUUUUGGUGAAAAUUCAGAACUCUGACAUUUGUAUAGAACCAGAGUCAUAUCACAGAAUUCGGCAGAAUGCCCUGGACGUACAUCAGCGUAAUGAAGAUCAGAAGUUAACAGUCCGCUUAUCAAUGUUUUCAGUCCAUGAUUCUUUGCUUUAAGAAUUAAUUCACCUUUCAUUUUAGUGUAAGCUGCUUAGGAACUCCGGUCUCCCUACUUCUUUUUUUUUUUUUUUUUCUUUUUUUUUUUUUUUGUUAAUCCAGGAUAGUUAACGCCAGCAGUUGUCUAGUCUUGUGACUUAGACUACUGAAACUAAAAAUAAGUCACCCCAAAAGCACAAAGGUUGUGUUUCUGCAGACUGUAGUGAUAUAGUGGUAAUGAAAUGGCCCUCCUUUUCUUCUUGCUUAGGAGAACUGUAGUUUACUAGGCCAUAAGCACAAUAUAGCAUAGAUGUAAAAUAGCUAGAAUGCUGCCAUAGUUCUCUUCACAAUUUUAUUUUAUUUUUUAAUUAUUAUUAUUAUUUCAAGGUUGAAUUUAUUACUUGCAUUGUGUCUAAUCCUGCUGCCUUUGAAGUCUGGAUCAAAACUCCAGAUGACUUCCUUGGCAACAGGACAGGCCCAAGAACCUGGUUUGAAGAAGAAAAAUACUUAUUUUUAAGGAAAGGUUCAAAAAAUCAGCAUUUCAUCCCAGUCCUAUGUAAAAGACAGUCCAAGGUUUUGUUUAUCACAGGCAAACUCAUUUUUAUGGUGCUCUUUGUAUUUUAGAACUGCAAAGCAAAGUAACGUUGAUUUAAGUUGUUUGCAUUUGUACCGGCAAGGCAAAAUAUUUUUAUUACCUUUUUCUAUUACUUAUUGUAUGAGCUUUUGUUGUUUACUUGGAGGUUUUGUCUUUUACUACAAGUUUGGAACUAUUUAUUAUUGCUUGGUAUUUGUGCUCUGUUUAAAAAACGAGAGCACUUUUUUUUUUUUUUAUUAUGGAUAAAAUGUUGAGAUGGCUGGAGGUCAUUUCAAUAUGGCUUAGUGAAAUAUUUAUUGUUCCUUUUAUUCUCUGUACAAGAUUUUUGGCCUCUUUUUUUUUUCCCUUAUUGUCACAAUGUUGAGUUCAGCAUGUGUCUACCAUUUCAUUUGUACGCUCGUUCAAAACAACGUUUGUUCCAGUUUCAAGUUAUAAAAAUAAAUUGGACAUUUGACUUGAUC